GAAGAGAUUUUGUGCCAACAAGUUGUUGAAUCAGAAUCCAGAAUGAGAACACUAUAAAUGCUUCAACUCCUAAAUUUGCAAGACAAACAUAAAACAGACUUGCCUGUAAACCAGCAAAAGUGGUAGGAAGAGUCUUGAACAUCUUGAAGACAGACAGAAAAUGGGUGCUUCUCAAUCAAUCUCAGAAAAAUCCUUUCAUGAAUUCACUGUCAAGGAUGCCAGGGGCAAAGAUGUGAACCUCAACGCCUACAGGGGGAAAGUUCUUCUUGUAAUUAAUGUCGCUUCAAAAUGUGGAUUUGCGGAUGCCAAUUACACCCAGUUAACUCAGCUUUACUCCACGUACAAGAGCAGGGGACUUGAGAUAUUGGCAUUUCCAUGUAACCAAUUUUUGAAGAAAGAGCCAGGGACAAGCCAGGAGGCACAAGACUUUGCUUGUACAAGAUAUAAGGCUGAGUAUCCCAUUUUUGGGAAGAUACGUGUGAAUGGAUCAGAUACUGCACCAGUCUUCAAAUUCCUGAAAACGCAGAAAUCUGGAGUUAUGGGGUCAAGAAUCAAAUGGAAUUUCACAAAGUUUUUAGUCGAUGAGGAAGGCCGUGUCAUCCAACGUUAUAGCCCAACCACCAAGCCAUUAGCCAUUGAAAAUGAUAUCAAGAAGGCAUUGCGGGUGGCUUGAAAGACGACUGCACAAUUAUUUCAAGCCAUUGUUCGUGUUGAAGAUAUCUGAAACCAAAAAGAAGUAAAAGAAAAGAUUAUGUGAUUGAUGUUUAUUCUAUUGAUUAUUUAACGCAUAUUUAUGUCCAUGGUUUUAUUUGUGAUGUUGUAUGAAAUUUAUUUUCAGCCUCUCGAUAUCAAUUAUCUGUUAAAGUGGAUUCCAAGGAAAUUGAUUAUUCAAUUUUUUGUCAAGUAAACGUAUGUCACUAUGGGCAUGUUUUGUUGGGGAGGUGCUAUCUCUAAGUAGUUGCAUGUCAACAAAAACUCGUGAAAUAAAACAGUGCUUCAUUUUC